CCUCCCCGCGGAGCCCCGGAGCCCAGCAGACAGCCUCGAUGGCGGACAUGCUCGCACACUGUGUGCGCUGUGUGGAUAAACACGUAUUGUUCUUGUGUAAACCGGAGAGACUAUCGCGCCCCCGUGAAAAGAUGGACUGUUUGGACCAUGUGGUGCACUUCCAAGACCCCAUCUGUAUCUCGGGGGUCUCAUCUGUGUGAAGCUAUCCACACCAGUCUAUUCCAGCCCCUGGACCAUGGAUAGCCCCCCAAAGCUGUCUGGCGAGACCCUCAUAGUCCACCACAUCCCUCUGAUGCACUGCCAGGUGUCAGGGGGUCACAAGGGGGGCUGUGCAGGGUCCCUUCUGAGGGACACUCCUUUUAUUCCUCCUGAGAACCUGGGCCUGAGCCGCACCACCUCACUCCCUGAGAGAGAUCUUCUCCAUGGAGAAGCCCUGCUUUACAGCAGCCUGUUUCAGACCUCCAGUGGAACCUGGGCCUCCCAUCACAAAGCUGAGCGCAAGAGCACCAGAGGAGACAGCAUGGCCAGUGACUCCUCCUCCUUCACCUCCAGUAACUCAGAGGAUCAAAUCACAGCUCACACUCUGCCCAGAGUGAAGAGCCGGCAACGGCCCACGCUGCGCCACAACCCCUUCCUCUGCAGGGCUGAUGGUGAGGAGGACGAGGGAGAUGGGCUGAGCGGGUACCAGGAGGACUGUUCUUUUGACCUCCAUGGAGACACCACAGACUUCCACAGCUUCUCUUCAGAGCCCUUUCACCUGCACAGGUCUGGGGGUCCCCCACUCUCCCCCCUGAAUCCACAGCGCCCUCUUAGUAGCGGCUCAAACGUAUCCAUGGACUGUGGGGAGCAAGACUGGGCCGACGACGAGGAGGAUGAGGACCACAUGAUGUCCGGGCAGGACUCAGGUCGGGAUUCGGAGCGCUCCUACUGUGCCCUGUCUCAUAGCUGUGGGCGACACUGUGAGAGCCAGACCUAUGGCAGUGACUCUUCCUGCAAUAGCUCGGAUGGAGUCCUGGUCAACUUCAGCGCCAUCUACAGCAAACUGAACAACGCUGUCCCGGAGCAGCCACAAUGGUGCGGGGACAGUAACCAGAACAGGCUCUCCAACCAUCCAGGGGACAGUGGGGCAUUUUACCUGGACCUCCACUGCUCCCCCACAGAGCCCAGACUACCACAGCUUUUCCCUUUGCUGCGAGAGCCCCUUCUGUCCACCUCAUCCUCCUGCUCCGCUGAGCACCAGGCCUUUGACCUGGAUGCUAACUGUAACUCGUGCCCCCCCUCGGGCCACUCGGAGCGGGCUCCCUGUGUGCAGAGCCAGGCCCCCUGUGUACAGAGCCAGGCCCGGCUGGUGGUGGCCACUCAGAACUAUUACAAACUGGUGACAUGUGACCUGUCCCACUCCUCACCCAGCCCCGCCCCCUCCAGCAACAACAGCUCCGACGAACAGAGCCGCGGUAGCCCCACACCCAGCCAACCCACCCAGCCCAGCCACUACUACCUCUUCAGACAGCAGCCUCUGGGCCUGGAGGAAGAGGAGGUGGAAGAAGAGCAGGAGGAUGCUCAGGAAAAAGCUGAGGAGGAGGAGCAGGGCAGUGCUGGUGUGGAGGGACAGGUCUAUGUGAAUACAGCCCCUCGGCGUGCAGGAGAGGGGCGCCCGCGCUCCCGCAGCUAUGACCGCAACCUAGACGUGUGCCAGGGCCCACCGUUGGCUGCUGUGGAGAGGAUGCUGAGCUGCCCCGUGAGGCUGAGUGACAGCGGGGCUCCAGCACUGACACCACCCCCUAGAGUCACGUCAUUCGCAGAGAUCGCCCGCAGCAAACGCCGCGCAGGUGCUGCGCUUCACUCUCCCUCUGCCAAAUGUCUGGCCGAGCCCUGCCCUGCCACUGCCUCAUCACACUCCUCUACUGACUACUCCCCCAUUGAGGAGCACACUACGGACCUGGGCCCUAGCACUGCCGAAAGUCGAACCUAUGACGGGCCGCGUGCGCAACACAAGGCUCAAGAUGCAGAGGGCCCGUCAUCAGUGGUUCGCUACAGUAAGGAGCAGCGGCCCACAACUCUGCCCAUCCAGCCCUUCACCUUCCAGCACCAGUUCUCAUCCAAAGCUCCGCGGCCCCUGGUGCCUUUGCUGCCUGUGCCACUGGGCCACAUGUCGGGGGCCCACUCCAGCUCAGGCUCUGGCACAGACUCUGGAGGGGAGCGAGAGGAGGACAUGUUUGUGUCAGCUGCAGCGUACGCUCCCCUCCGGCAGCAGGCUCCCCCUGGUGGAUCGGUGCGGCCCUCCCCACUCGGCAGUUACUCUCCUGUGCAGUUACCAGGCACUCAGCACUCCUCCAACUCUGUGUCUUUGGACGGGGCCCACCAACAGAGCCCUGUCCUGGUGAAGCAAGGCCCCUCAACCCCUCCUCCAUCCUCACUGGCAGCCAAGAGAGGAGCCAUGCUUCCUGCACUGUCUACUCUCCAGGGACAAGUGCUCCCCACACUGUCCACCCUCCAGCCUGCAGAUACACUCAGCUCCCUGGGACACGGAGAGUCCUCCGGGCUCAGAGGCACGCCAGCGCGCUGUCAUGCACACCACCUCUCUCCUCAGGCACUCAGAUGGAGAGAGUACCGACGGAGGAACCCUCUGGCCCCUGGGGGCCCAGCUCAGAGACCAGUGCGACACAAUGUCUUUGACUUCCCUCCAGCACACACUCAGGACAGGCGUAAUGACUAUGGCUCAGACUACCUGGGUCUGACAGAGAAGCCCCCUGAAGAGUUUUGCUUGUCUCCAGACACAUCGUCUCACUCCAGCCCCCAGCCUCACCUGGCUGUGGACCUGUUGCAGAAGAAAGGUUUGGUGAAGGCGGUGAACACGGCUAUAGACCUCAUUGUGGCACACUUUGGCACCACACGGGACCCAGACGUCAAGAGCAAACUGGGCAACAGCUGGGUGAGUCCAAAUGUGGGCCACCUGAUCCUCAAGUACCUGUGCCCGGCCCUCCACAGCCUGUUGACAGAUGGACUCAAGCCCUAUGUGAGGGACCUGAUCAUCGGGCAGAGGCGUUGUGGGCCCUGGAGCCUGGUAGAGGCCUCCACACAGCCGGGCCCGUCCACCCGCCUACUCCACAGCCUCUUCUGUAAGAUCAGCCAGUAUUCAGAGCUCACGUCUCCCUCUAUGAGACUCAACGCCUUCAUCAUGGGCCUGCUCAACCUCAAGUCGCUGGAGUUGUGGUUCAGUGUGCUGCACAACCAUGAAGAUAUGAUUGCAGCGUACUACCAACCUUGGGGCUUUCUGGCUCUGUCCCAGGGGCCGUGUCGGGCCUUGUUUGAGGAGCUCUUGUUGCUACUGCAGCCUCUGGCUCUGCUGCCCUUUGACCUGGAUGUCCUGUUUGAGCCCUGCCUCUUGCAGAAGGGUCGGGAGCACCUGCGCCGAAAAGAGCUGCUCUGUGGCAACACUCUCAGCCUCCACCAAUCAGAGCGUUCCACCUUCCAGCUUAUGAGGGGCCAGAGCUCCUCCCCCUCUGAGCGUGGCCAGGCUAGGGGUGAAGACGGGGCAGACCCUGCAGGUGAAGCCUCGGUCACUGCUGGAAGAGGAAGUACCUGCCAAAAGGCCAAGGAGGGCUGGUGGUACCAGCUUAUGCAGUCCUCCCAGGUUUACAUCGAUCAGUCCACACAGGGCUCCAAGUUCACCAAAGCAGAGAGGAGAAGGCGGUCCUCUGAGAGACAGGCCCCGCCUACCAGAGAAGGAGUGGUGGAAGGGGCGGAGUCAGGGCCCAUCCGCUGCAGCUCUGAAGGCAGUUCUGUGGUCCCUAAAGGAAGGCUGUCCUGGAUGGGCAGUCCCCCAGAGAUUGCCCUGAACCAUGACAAAGACUCGUCUGUGGAGAACCAGGGGCUGCGCUGGGGGCAUCUCUUUGGAGCCACAGGCAGCUCCUCGCAGGAGGGUCGAGAGUCAAGAAAGAAAGCCCCAAAGAGCAGGGCUCCCUCAGGCUGGCUGCACUUGGACAGCUCCGUCUUCUCCCGUGUGGCACAGAGCAUCACUGCAGGGAGUGAGAAGAGGCCUCAGUCCACAACCCCCAUGGCAGCAGGUCCCACCCACAUAGCCCCAGGCCCCGCCCCCUCAGAACAACAUCUUGCCCCCUUUGAAUCACAGACCACCCCCCGCUACGUUGCCACCACCAGUGCUGCUCCUGCCUCACUCCCGGUGGUGCGAGCCCUGUGCCACCACGAGCCCACAGAGCCUGGGCAUCUGAGCUUCCACCGUGGGGAUGUCCUGAGGGUGCUGCGGCAGAGUGACCCCGACACGCUGCUCUGCUCGCGGGGAACAUCUCGCGGCCUAGUGCCCAUUGUGUACGUGAGCCUGAGUGGCAUGGAGGACAGUCAAGACCAGAGCGAGGCAGGGGGUUGGACAUUGGACAGCCAGGACCAGUGCGAGACAGGGGAGCUCAGGUGGACAGAGCACAGCCAGGACCAGAGCAGACAUGAGGUCUAAGGAGGACAUCAGAGGUGCCCUAAAUGUGCAGAGGGACUAAAGGAAAGCAUGCUUACUCCUCCAGAAGAGUCUAAACUGUGCAUGUGCGCUCGGCCCCUCCCCUCCUCAGAAACACCGUCCCCUUUUAAAGGUGCACUAUGUAACUUUUCAGGUGGAGAGUUAUUGCUUUGCCUGGAAUGUCCUACAAUGUGGCUUUAAAUGUAUCUAUCUAGCACAGAGUUGUCAAAAGUAUUGAAAAUCAGAUACUAAUCAAUAUUAAAACUAGUAUCAAAACUACAUUCUCGUUUGAGCUGGUAUCGAUACUAAAAAAGUUACGUUCACAGGACAGAAAUGAACCUUUCCUGAAUAGCUUUAGAAUGUAGUAUAAAACAAUACAGUUAUAAGCCCCACAAAAAAGCACUAUGAUUUAAUGUUGAAAAUCACAUGCUUUUGUCUAAAGAGUGACUUUAUUAUCAUUGUGGUAUUAGAGUUAUUAAUGUUCUUAUCGUGAUUUAUGCACAAAAUAAUGAAAUAAAAAAAAAAACAGGAUCAUGUAGAGCGGGUUUAAUAAUAAACUUUUUAAGACGAGAAUGACGAGUCUGACAGCAGCAGUUACAUAAAGAGACGCCACCAUUUUCUCAAUUGAAACCUAGAAUGAAAUGCUCACUGCCUAUUUGGAAGUUUCUACUGUUUAUUUAUAUAUUCAGAUGAUCUAGCAUUUAUUUCACCACAGCCAGGUAUUAUAUUUGUUCUCCUUGAAAAACAUGCAUUCUUACAGUUAUGGGGUUGCUCCUCCAUUGAGCUGAUCUGUAACUCAGCCUGGAGGGGCACCACCUGCUUGUCUCCAUACAGUUGGCUAAAUUUAAUGCCAUACUGUGGAACAGGAAAACCAGGAAAAGCAAGGAGCUAGUGGCAGACCCUCUACCAUAAAAGUUCUGUAUUGCACCUUUAAAAGAAGCAGCCAACUCGUGCUUUCAACUGCUCUAUAAUGUAUCCCGUCUCCAUUUGAGUGGUAUUCUACUGAGUGAAUUUGGUUUAAAGUUGGUUUGAUUUUGAGAUGGAGUCAGCUUGAAUAUUGAAGGACUCUCAAAACACAAGGAAACAACAUUAUAACAUGGAUAUAAGCAAAAUACAGUUACUACAAGUAUGUAAGUAUGUGUUUAGUCAUGGUAAACAAAUAUAACUCAAAGGGACACUUGUACAGUACUAGCGUCACCUGCUCAUGUCUGCAGUGGUAACACAGCCCACUGGGGGUGCUGUGGAGACACUUGUGUAUAUGCAGUUAUUGUACAAAUCUGAAAGAUAAUUAUAUACAGUGGAUAUUUUUGAAGGUUAAAGGUUAUGUAUGUUAUGAAAUGGGUUUUAAAGUGAAGACGGUGGAGGACUGUGUAAACUAGAGUGUGUUUUAUAGUAGCAGAAGUGUGAGAGGGCAUAUUAAAGUGCAUAUGACAGGUUUUCAUGUUUGUCUAAUUAUGACUUGGUUUGGUGGGAUAGUGCCUGUGAUAAAUAUUUGUCAUAGUUUUACAUCAGUUAAGUGACAGUUUGUAAAAAACAAAAAAAAUAAAGUUUAGAAUAAAACAUUUUGAACACAAGAAUACAGGGAAAAAAAUACAGGAAGUAGCACUGGGUUCUAAAACACAAUCCCUCUGCCUAAGUCAUCAACACGGGAAACUCCAUCCAAAAUGUAGAGACAAUUCAUGCACAAAGAAGGCACAGUUUGAACCUUCAUUUAACAAAAUAAAGGUGGUGUCAUUUUUUUUUUGUAUUAGUGUAAUCAUAACUAUUUAAACUAGAAAAAUUGGCAAGUUUUUUUUUUUUUGUAAAAUCUUAAAUCUAAUGAUGUUAACUAUAUUUCAGCAAAAUGAGCAGUCUAACCUGUUGUAUGCACUUUAAGGAGGUGUGGGCCAUAUGGCAUAAAACACAACAGAUUUUCCAGGUUUCUAAAGCUAUUUCCUGUUUCUUCUCUGUGAUUGGUUAUUUCACUUGUCAUUCAGAUGCUGACCAACACCCCUAUUGGUCAGUCUCUUGAGUGGGUGAGAAAAAGUCAAAGGCAUGUGUUUGAACAUAGAGCUUCAUCUAAGGUCCACUGUGUGGCUUUACUGGUAGUCUGUCCACCUACGUGUAUCCAUGGAGAUAUUAUUUCUUUAACUAAACUGUUACACAGUAUGACUUUAAAUUUAUUGAUAUCCAUGGAGACAAGCAAAGGUAGAGGUGAGAUCUGUGGAGAGGUAUACUGCAUGUGUUUCAAGCUAUUUUUGAGCACAAAUUAAAAAAAAUACAUAAAUAAUAAAAUAUGGACAAGAUGGAUAAGUUGAAUGCCAUACUGUGUACCAUUUCAGUCAAAGCAGUUAAAUCUCUAUGGAGACAAGAUGGUGGCAGAUCUCUAUUCAGAAAAGUGACAUAGUGUAACUUUAAACAGAAAGCACUGCCACGUAUAACAAAGCUUGUACCUGAUUUCAAACCAUUACUUAAGAAUGUGUUAUUGUUUGAACUUUAAGCCCCACCCACUGAUUCUUAAAAACAAUGUGCCUGAUUGGAUGAGAAAAGGUGACCCAGUCAAUAAACUCUGAUAAGUUAUUAUCUGAGAAAAUAAAAAUGUAAAAUUAAUAGGGUUGGUAAUAGUAACAAAAAUCAAACACUAAUUGAUACUAAAACUAAUGAAAACUACAUACUCAUUUGAGCAAGUAUCGAUACUAAAACAAUCACAUUCACACGACAGAAAUGAACCUUUCCUGAAUACCCUACAAAUGAACUUGAGCUGUAUCAGAACAAGUAUAACACCACAUAGACUACUACGGACCACUAUGGAACCUACCUGAAUGACUGAAGGUUUACACAGAUAUAAGGCCACAUUGUAAUAUAAAAGAAAGUCCUAUUAUUUAAUGUUGAAAAUUACAUUCUGUUGUCUAAAUAAAGAGUGCUUUUUAAUUAUCAUUGUGGUAUCGGAAUCUGUAUUGAGUAUCAAGUCUAUUCCUUAGUAUCGAAUUUGGUUUGAAAUUUUAGUAACACAAUAGUAACAAGACAAAACAUUUAUUUACAAUGCCUUAUGUAAGCGUUUAUGUGAACAAGAAGAACUUAAAAAUCUGUUACAGGCCCUUUCAAUAACUAUUGCACAUAAAUCCGUAUGGCCCACUCCUAUUUGUAGUGCUUUGGACCACUUUGUACCAUGUAUUCUGACUGUUGCACAUUUUGUACAGACAUGUUAUGUGUGUAAUAUAGAAUGUACUAUUUCUGCUUUCUAACUUGGCAGAUGUACAGUCAGUCAACUUGAGAUAAUUCAAACAGUUGUCUAAAGUAUGAAUAAAGUUACAAUCUAUAGGAACAAUAAUAGCAGUGCAGUGGCUGGGUGGCUCGCAUUCUCGCUUCACAGCAAGAAGGUUCCAGGUUGGACUCCUGGUCUUUCUGUGUUGUUGUAUUGCUCAUGUGUCUAUCACCACUGCAGUGUAAUAAAAAGCUUCUGCUCUUCU